AUGAACGAAAAUCUAUUCGCUUCAUUCGCUGCCCCCACAAUCCUAGACCUACCCGCCGCAGUACCAAUUAUUCUAUUCCCCUCUCUACUAAUUCCCACCUCCAAGUAUCUCAUCAACAACCGACUAGUUACCACCCAACGGUGACUAAUCCAGCUAACCUUAAAACAAAUAAUAACAAUACACAAUGCUAAGGGACGAACCUGAUCCCUCAUACUAAUUUCCCUAAUCACCUUCAUUGCCACAACCAACCUACUAGGCCUCCUACCCCACUCAUUCACACCAACCACCCAGCUAUCCAUAAACCUGGCCAUAGCAAUUCCCCUAUGAGCAGGCACAGUAGCCACAGGUUUUCGUCUUAAAGCCAAAAACACCUUCGCCCACCUCCUACCCCAAGGCACACCUACACCUCUCAUCCCCAUACUAAUUAUCAUUGAAACCAUUAGUCUGUUUAUUCAGCCCAUAGCCCUAGCCGUACGCCUAACCGCAAAUAUCACAGCAGGUCACCUACUAAUACACUUAAUCGGGGCAGCCACAUUAGCCCUAUCAACCAUUAGUCUAUCCGCAACACCCAUCAUCUUCACAGUCCUAGCCCUAUUGACAAUCCUCGAAGUCGCCGUCGCUCUAAUUCAAGCAUAUGUAUUUACACUCCUGGUAAGCCUCUACCUGCACGAUAACACAUAA